CACCCGAGUCUAAGCCACGCCCUUGGGCCCAGCGUUAGUACCGCUGGCAGUUUGUUUGGUACUGGGACAAGGUUGCGGCGAAAAUGGGAGCAAGAGACGACGAGUACGAUUAUCUCUUCAAAGUGGUGUUGAUUGGUGAUUCUGGAGUGGGGAAGAGUAACUUACUAUCUCGUUUUACGCGUAAUGAAUUUAACCUGGAGAGUAAAAGCACCAUCGGGGUGGAAUUUGCCACUCGGAGCAUCCAGGUUGAUGGGAAAACUAUAAAGGCUCAAAUCUGGGACACAGCUGGACAGGAACGAUAUCGAGCCAUCACCUCUGCUUAUUACAGGGGAGCCGUGGGAGCUCUACUGGUUUAUGAUAUUGCUAAACAUCUAACAUAUGAGAAUGUGGAGCGUUGGCUCAAGGAGCUGAGGGAUCAUGCAGACAACAACAUAGUCAUAAUGCUGGUUGGGAACAAAAGCGACUUGCGUCACCUUAGAGCUGUUCCAACAGACGAGGCACGAGCGUUUGCAGAGAAGAACAACUUGUCAUUCAUAGAAACUUCUGCAUUAGAUUCAACAAAUGUGGAGGAAGCCUUCAAAAACAUUCUUACAGAAAUAUACCGAAUUGUGUCACAGAAGCAGAUUGCAGACAGGUCUGCUCAUGAUGAGUCCCCUGGUAAUAAUGUUGUGGACAUCAGUGUGCCUCCCACCACAGAUGGGCAGAAAUCCAGCAAACUGCAAUGCUGUCAAAACCUUUAACUGAAUCCCACACCCACAACUUGGAAUCCGGCUGGAGAACACUCUUGGAUCAUAUGCUGAUUAACGUUAUCAACUCUAUAUGCUCUUCCUCUUCUCACACAGAGACAAACCAGAUCUGAAGAAGAAGUGCUUGCAAUUGGUUCCACUUAUUGGAUGGGGUUUCUCAUGCAGUGGAAUGAAGGUGGCUCACUGGACAGGAGGCCUCACAAAUUCUACAGGAGUUUAUUUCCAACCCCCAGCCCCUCCCCGUUCACAAACACUCCCUUUCUACAUGUGCACACCUACAAUUAUUGUAAAUGAAUGUCAUUGCAGCUUC